AUGGCAGCUUUGACCAUCAUAAGCAUAAGAGACGAGUUGGGGAAAGGGUCUCUGUUCUUGUACACAGACGUCAUAUCCAUUGAUGGUAGAAAUGUGAUAGGUUUGCUGUACGCUUCUAAAAAGUACGACAUUGUUGAUAUGGAAAGGAAAUGCCUGAGAUAUAUUCAGUCGGCUAUGUCAUCACAUGACGUUUGUUUUGAGAUGGAACACGCACACUUGUACAAUGUACGAGUAUUGUACAAUGACCGAGACUUGAUGGAGAAAGUCCUGGCAUAUAUUUGGAAAAAUGCCAAAGCAGUUUUAAAAUCUGCUAGUUUCUGUGAUCUUUGUCACGACUGUUUUAUGAAGGUUAUAGAGGCAGAUCAGCAAAAAGCCGGCGAGGAGUCUGUUUUUGAAGCUUCUAUCGCCUGGAGCGAGGCACAGUGCAGACGACAAGGACGGGAGGUAACUCGUGAAAACAGACGCAGCGUUCUUGGCGAUAGUGUGCAUCUGAUUCGGUAUUCUAAAAUUAACCCAAAAUAUUUUGUGCAGAAAGUAUCGCUGUCAAGUUUGUUGACGGAAGCUGAAGAAAACAAGAUCCUCAGAUCUUUCAUCAUUCAAAACCAAGAUGUUUCACCAUUUAAAUCAAAUCACAGACUCGGUAUACACAAAACAAAAUCAGGCAUGCUAUGUGAAACAACAUUAUUGGAAUGUCAGUGA